CUCGCCCCGGCCGGCCGAGCCCCUCCCCGCCCAGGAAACAUGUCCAAGAUGCCGGCCAAGAAGAAGAGCUGCUUCCAGAUCACCAGCGUGACCACGGCGCAGGUGGCCAGCAGCAUCACCGAGGACACCGAGAGCCUGGAUGACCCCGAUGAGUCCCGCACCGAGGACGUGUCUUCCGAAAUCUUCGACGUUUCGCGMGCCACCGACUACGGCCCCGAGGACGUCUGCGAGCGGAGCUCCUCCGAAGAGACUCUCAACAACGUGGGCGAGGCCGAAACUCCCAGCAGCGUCUCUCCCAACCUCCUUCUGGACGGGCAGCUGGCUGCGGCGGCCGCUGCUGGAGCGGCUGCGGCUCCCAACGGAGGGGCUGUGCCCAAAAGCUCUGCUGCUGCUGCCGCUGCUGGCCCUGGCCCUGCUCCUGCCGUGGUGGGAGGCAGCAGCAGCGCUCCGGCCGCCCUGCCCUCCGCCGGCCCCGCUGUACCCGCUGCCCCGGGGGCCAUGUCUCAGACGGCGGCUGCUGCGUGCAGCUCWCGCUUCAGGGUGAUCAAGCUGGACCACGGCACCGGGGAGCCCUACAGGCGAGGCCGAUGGACGUGUAUGGAGUACUAUGACCGAGACGCCGAUGGUGGUGGCGGUGGUGGCGGUGUUCUGGGCAGGACUGGAGAUUGCAUUAGGCACAGCAGCACCUUUGAGCAGGCUGCUCACGACAGGGACAGCGGCCUGGGUGCCACGGGAGGGUCUGUCGUGGUCUCGGCCGUKCCCGCAUCAGCCCACGGCCCCGAUUCCGUAGCUGACAGCUCCCUGGCUGCCGUGUCACAGCUGCUUCAGACGGAGAAAAUGAACCARUCGUCUCUACAGCAACCUAAUUUUGUAAUUGGGCAACAACAGCAGCCCGUAGGUGGGGCCGURCCUCCGAGUAGUGCUCAGCCCGUGUUCUCUGGGGCUGCGGGAGCGAGCCAGCAGAUGAUAGUGCCGCAGCAGCCGCAGGUGAAUCCGCAGGCUGGAGCCAACGGGAAAGGCAUGGCAGCUGCCAGUGUGACGGUGGGGCAGGCGAGCGUUCCUGCGGGCCAGCAGCAGGUGCAGCAGGCGAGCGUCCCGGUGACUCAGCCUCAGCAAUUCGCCUAUUCGCAGUCCCAGAUCGCACCCGUGCAUCUCCUGCCGACGCAGCCUCCCGGGCAGGCCGAGUACAUGCAGCACAUGACAAUUCUGCAGUCUCAAGGGGCUGUUCAGCAGCCCAGCGCCGGCUCUGCUCCGAGCACUGCAGCCCAGAGCCUCGCCGUGGGGCAGAACCCCGCUCCCGUCAUGGGGGUGGCGGCACAGCCCGGCGAGGCCGCCCCACAGGGAUCGGGGCUGCUGCAGAGCGGCCAGGCACCGGCGAGCCAAGCUGCCAUGCCACCGGCGGGAGGAGUGGUGCAGGCAGGCCUGGGACAUUCGGGGCUUGUGCAGCAGAAAUCUGUGACUCAGCAGGCGGCGGGGGCCAGCGGUCCCGUGUCGGGAGUGGCCGGCGCUCCCCACGCCGCGGUGCCCGCAGUUCAGAGCGUGCCCGUGCCCGGUGCCAGUGUGCCUAGCGUGUCCACCACUGCUUCUGUCACCAUGCCAAACGUCCCUGCCACGCUGGUGCAGUCGCAGCUGCCGAGCCACCCCUCYGGCAGCAGAGCCCCCGGCGCGCUCCAGCCCCAGCUGAUGAUGGCCAGCGCAGCCGCCAGUCUGCCUCAGGCCAGCCUGCCUCAGGCCAGCCUCGGACAGUUCCAGAGCCAGGCCCAGUCCUUGGCAGGCCAGAUUGACGAUACUAGAAGAAAAUCAGAACCCCUACCUCAGCCACCACUUUCUCUUAUAGCCGAAAAUAAACCUCUUGUGAAGCCUCCCAUUCCAGACACUCUAGCAAAUCCUCUUCAGUUACCUGCAAGUACUCCAAUGAACAGUCUCGCUAGCUCUGUCUUUGGCAUAUCCAUUCCUGUUGAUGGUGAUGAAGACAGGUAUGAAUUAUUUCAAAAAACACUUCUGGUGGGGGGGMGAAGUCAACUUCUGAGUUACUGUCACGUGUUUUUGGUAAAUUUGUAUUUUCAGAAAGUUAUGCUGAGGUUCACCUGGGCUACAUUUUUGUUUCAGGAGUGUGAACCGUAACAAAGGCCAAGUAUUUAGGCGAGUAGCGAAUCGUACUUGUUCUCAGGGUGCAAGUGUGGUUACUUUUCUUACAAAAUGUGGUACAAAAUAGCCUGAGAGCUGCUUAAUGCACAAAUARUAAGACCUUUUCAGAAUCAAAAGAYUCAAAGCUGUCUUUCUGUAGCCAGCGAGAAGGGCUGUUCUCUCCUUUUUCCUGAACAGGUCGCACUUUGAUGACAGCUGRGUUAAAAUCAUCAGCUCUGUAUUGCAGUGUUGAGUCUGUGUGGUGCUGUCUCAGGGCCAUCAGGUGGGGCAUCUUGGAAAACUUUAGGCUUUUAAUGCAGAUUCUUGGUUUUUAUCCUGCARUGGAGUUGGCACUCUGUGGUGUCAGUUAGCAAGGAAAGUGCUUGCACUUGGAUUGGAUUUGUGUGCAAAUCCAUGUGCAGGGAAAGCUCUGCCGAGAAGGGUCCUUUGUAUGGAGCAGACAGACACUACAGGGGCAGAGAUGUGGACACGGUGGGAACUGCAGCCGCACAAUGAGGGGUUUUUUGYUGGAAAGUAAUUGGAACUACAGAGGGGUGUGGUGUGAGCAGACUGAGAGCAGUGCGUGUGUGAGUGCUGUUCUGUGCACAGUCAGACUGCUCUGRAGGGGAAUGGCCAAAUCUGCUCGGUGGCUUCUUUGGGAAAGCAGAACAAGCAGUGUUUGAGUUACAGUCCUGACAUGCACUGUCAGGAGUGCUGCGGUUUGGAGGAAGGGAAUUACACGUGUGUGUUAAAAACAGGAGUCAGGCCAUUAUGAGAAGGUCUUGGGUGAAUUUCUGUGAGUUUUCCCUGGCUUUGAGGCAGCAGCAGCCUUUAAGAUGAUACAGUCAGUGUGAUCAGGAUUGUUUCAGUAAAGSCUGCAGUGUCUGUGGGGUUGGGGUGCAGUGGAUGGAGGGGACACCUCAGAGUGGAUGUUGGAAGAGUUGAGGCUGCAGAGUUCAUGCAGUGUCUGCUGGAGCAUGGGCUGGCACUGUCUGAGAAAGUACUGCUGUGCUUUUCUGCAAGGAAAAGCUCUGCUGGUUCUGGUUAGAGUGGAAAAGAACUGACAAGAAAAAGUGAAACGGCUGCAGUUUUUUCACAGUUUGCCCACCUGAAGGUAGAGGAUUGCUAACCCGGUG